CAAACGGCGCAAUGCAAAAGACGAUUCGAUUCCUUUACCUUGUCUUUUUCACCUUUCGUUAGAUAAUAAAUAUCUCAGAUGCAUUUGCAUGUUAGGGCUUUUCUACUGCGUUGCGCAUCUGUAGCAAGGUUAGUUUUUAGUUACUGAAACUGAAAGGAAUCAUCGACAAUAGGAUGGAUAGGAUUAGUAAUCUACCAAAAGAGGUUAUCUCCCACAUUGUCUCCUUUCUGUCUGCAAAGGAAGCUGUUUUCACAUCUCUUCUCUCGAAGAAGUGGCAAAAUCUCUUUACCAUCAUUCCAAAGCUUCGGUUUGAUGACACAGACGAGAUUCAAGGGAGUUUCUCCGAUUUCGUGGACGGAGUAAUUGCUCUGCCGUCCACUACUCGCGUGAGGAAGUUCAACCUAAGAUGCAGAGAUCGUGUUGAUCCAGCUCAAUAUGAUCUUAUCAACCGUUGUCUAUGUGAUGUGCUGAAGCGUGGUGUCUUGGUUCUUAAACUUGACAUAGGUAUUGGGAAACAUUAUGAUCUGCCCUUCCAGUUUUUCACUUGCAAGACAGUUGUUAAAGUGGAACUGGAAGGUGGUUAUGGGGAUGGUUUUGUUGUUGAUGUUCUCCCUGCGAAUGCUUUUCUACCCGCACUUGAGACUCUCACCCUUAGUGUCAUUCAGUUCGACGAUCUUCGUGGUUGUGCGUUUGUAAAACUUCUUUCUGCUUGCCCUGUACUUAAGGAACUUACCAUAUUUGGUAUGAGGUGGCAACGUCGGGAAUGGUCUGGCACACUGUGCAGUCCAACCCUUCAACGACUAAUUAUUCAAGAUUUCCAUCCCUCUCAGUUUACGAUACUAACUUUGGAUACUCCAAGUCUUACCUAUUUCGAGUGCUCUGAUGCUUCUCCGGAUGAGUUUUCAAUUGUCAAUCUUGACUCCCUUGUUGAAGCUAAGCUCCAUCUUAUGUUGACUGGCGAAUAUCAGUGCCACGUACUCGACGAGGGGUUUGUAAUUCAUGAUUCUUCUAGCAGUCCAUCAAAUCUGAUAAAGGGGUUGGGAAGUGUUGAAAUCAUGGACAUAUCAUUUCAGAAUACUUUCGACGCAUUGUAUUCCUUCCAUGAAUCAAUCCCGGUGUUUGAAAACCUAUAUCAUUUAACCAUUAGAUGUGACGAUGAGGAGGAUUGUUUGGCAUUUCUACCAUAUUUGCUAAAGAAGUCUCCAAAUCUAGAGACUCUUGUCAUUGAUGGUCCACUGCACUACAAUGAAGAACAACCUAAAUCUGUUUGCAAAUGCUUGUUGGGAUAUUCUUUCUUAUUGUCGUGUCCCGUAAAGGUCCUACAAAUAACCGACUACCGCGGAACGAAGGGGGAGGUGGAGCAAUUGAAGCAUUUUAUAGAGAAACUGUCGUGUCUCAAGUUGGUGAAACUUCAUUCUUGUGAUGGACCUGACGUAGACAAGAAAAAGUUAAUGAUUCCUAGAGCUUCUUCCAAGUGCAAGAUCAAGGUUACAUUUUCCAGUUAGUUUUGCUAACGCAUGCAUGAAGAAAACUUUGGUCGUUCGUCCUAGUUUCACCUGUUUGUUGUCACAUAAAUCGGAUUGUGAGCGCCCUUUUUCUGACUUAUAUCCUAGGUACUGUUUUUAUCUUUUGUGGAAAUCGGAAUCCUCCUCGUUGUCUUAGUUUGAACUCCUCUUCUUACCAGGGUCCGUUUUUAUUCCAGUUUUUGUUAUAUGCUCUGUUGUAACUGAUCGUAUGAUCCUUGCUCUGUUUUAACUGAUCGUAUGAUCUUCACUGGAAGUGACAGAAACUUGAUCAUAGUUUGG